AAUUUUUUAGACUUCCAGUUUUUAUCUAUUUAAGAGAUUUGCUUAAAUAACUGAACAUACGCGCACACAACGUGAACUGCAACAGAAAAUGUUUCGCCGCAUUGGGAUCAGUUGUCUCACAAAGAGGCUCCAGAGCCGUGCAUUCACCGCCACGACACCACUACUUAAUACCGACUACGAGAUGUAUCGUACUGCCUCCGUUCGUGAGCCGGCUCCAGAAUUUGCAGGUAAAGCAGUUGUUAAUGGGAGUAUUAAGGAAAUCAACAUGAAUGACUUCAAGGGAAAGUACGUUGUUCUUCUUUUCUAUCCAAUGGAUUUUACUUUUGUGUGUCCAACAGAAAUCAUUGCCUUCUCGGAUCGUCAUGCAGAGUUCGAAAAGAUCAACACACAAGUGAUCGCUGUAUCGUGUGACUCCGAAUAUUCGCAUCUUGCCUGGGUCAACACUCCCCGCAAAAGUGGUGGUCUUGGUGAAAUGCGUAUUCCUUUACUAGCGGAUAAGAAUUUGGAAAUUUCGCGUGACUACGGUGUGCUUAUUGAAAACAUGGGUAUUUCAUUGCGUGGCCUCUUUAUUAUCGAUAAAAAUCGCAUACUCCGUCAUUCAACUAUUAAUGAUCUUCCUGUUGGGCGCAGCGUGGACGAGACGUUGCGAGUUGUCCAAGCAUUCCAGUACUCAGAUGAGCAUGGUGAUGUGAUUCCAUGUGAUUGGAAGCCGGGUCGUCUCACUAUGGAUGUUUCCAAAGCUGGAGAGUUCUUUAAAAACAACAUGUAGUUUUUUUUUCGGAUUGUUGCUUACUGGCAGUAUUAUUUUUGUUAUUAGUAGUAACUAUUUCAUAACCACGAUUUUAUUUUUAAUACAUAUAACUAUUUUAGGUCUACUACUAUUGUUUCAGGUAAAUAUAUGUUAGCAAUGCGGGAAA